AUGGGUGGAUCUGGGUCACGUCGUAAAUCGCCUCCAACUCCCUUUCCACCACAGGGACAACCAUAUGGUCCAUCACCGUAUUCGUCUCCACCUUAUCCUGGUAUGGGAAACCCUCAAUCUCUUAAUCAAAAGCAGCAACAACAACUUCAAGCAGCUUAUCAAACAAUCCGAAAUCUUCAAGGUGGAAUGCCGCCAAUGCAGCAAGGUGCUGGACCUCCCAUAAUGAACCUGUCAAAUGCAAGUCCUACUCUUCAACGUGCAUUUCAACAAUCUCUAUCUCCAAAUCCAUCACCAUUUAGUUCUGGAAAUUAUCGAGAUACGGAUUAUGCAUCUCUUGCUAAUAUAGCUGGAUUGAGUCCAGUAGACAUAGCAAUACUACAUAAAGAAUAUAUGAAUUUAACACGUCUUGGUAGAAAUAAACUUGAUCGUGUUGUUUUUCGUCAAUUGCUACGUGAUAUCCUUAUUGAUGCAAAUAAUGAAAAUAUUGAUCGAGCUAUUGAAAAUAUAUUUCUGUGUAUCGAUCGAAAUCGGGAUGGUUUCAUUGACUUCUCAGAAUUUGUCGGUGCUUUUCGAGAUAUAUUAAGAACAGAUUCAAAUGAUCCACAAGGUCAUUCAUCACCAUGUUCUCUUCCUGAUAUGAUAAAUGAACAACUACGAGCAUGUGCUUAUAAUUCUCCUCUUUUUUGUCAACCAGCAACUGUUUGUCAACAAGUACAAUCACCAACAGCACAAGUCAUUCCAAUAUCAUCUGCUAGUGUUCAACAACCAAUGGUUUGUAGUAGUUCUGCUGCUCCAUUAGUAUAUUCAUUUGAUUCAAAUCAAUCACCAUGUUUUGCUACUGCGCAAGGUCCAUCAAUCAUAGGGCAACCAACAACUUUACAAUGUUUACCUUUGCCUAUGUAA